AUGAAGUCCCUGAAGCCCUUUCCCGACCUGAGCCUGCUGGUUCUACUGGUUGCACUCGCACUCUCCUUAUGCACACAUAUGUCAGUAGCAGAAGACCGGAUUGAAAUUCUGGACCAAGAUGAUGAUGAGGAUGCCAUGUAUGUACUCUACGACGGAGAGCUAUCAGAUACCCAAAUAGUUUCUGAUUUUCCCAUUAGCAGUUUGCGGCACAAUGACAUGAACGAGGAUUCGCCCAUUGGAGAAAACUACAUGAAGCUUGUCGUGACUAGCAAUUGUGAUUUGCCAUUGGAUGCGAUCGUCAUUGACGAAGAUACCCAGUUGGGUGUUUCUAUUACCGAGAACAAUGCUGCCACGGAAGAACACGAUUGGUACGAACUAGACAAGACGUCAUUUUUGGAACCCAGCCAGUUUUAUGCCAAUUGGACCUAUUACGGUGGCUGCUGUAUUCCCUGCUGCUGUACCCCGGAAGAACUGGAUUGGUAUUUUGGCGACAGAUCCUUUCCACAGGAAGUCUAUGACAAAAUUGAAAAAGCAGCUGAAGCAGAGAAUGCAGGCCGUGCAUUGAGACGGGAUGGCGAUGCAAGGCGACGUGAACGGGAGACAUGGAGCAGUGGCAGAGUCUAUAUGGAUCCCCGCCCAAAUGACACACCAGUGCAACAGCCCGAGACGACAAGGAGCAACAGUCAGCCUAAGACUUGGACUUGGACCAGCAACACUGUUCACAUGACCAGAGCAGGAAAUGGCAGAAUUGCUGCCCGGCCUCAAGACAGAGAACCCAUAAACACAGGUUUUGUGGCAAGGCCACCCAACAGGCCUCCGCUUCCAGAACCAGCUAAUCCUGUCCCAACCCCACCUGCCCCAGCUCCAACUAGUCCUGCACCAGUUCCAACUAAUCCCGUCCCAGCACCGACAAAUCAAGCUCCAGCACCGACAAAUCAAGCUCCAGCUCCAACUAAUCCUGCACCUGCUCCAACCAAUCCAGUUCAACCCGGCCCAACUGCCACCGCCAAAACUAAGUGUGCUGUGAAUGUGGAGAUCUUGCACAAUGGAUGUCGGUCCGACAGCCUCUCGGUCAAGGCACCCAAAGCACGCAUUCUAGACAUUGACAUUCAGACUAUUCCGGGAGGAUACACGGAUGAUAGAUGUGACGUGCAUGCGCAUGCAAACUUGACCUUUCCCACUACUACAGACAACGAACAGAUUGUGCAGACGAAUAUGGACUCCUACACAAGCCUAGAACAGCUGUCAAUGGAUGAUGGGUAUUGUCAAAUGUGGUCGUAUGGACGACCCUUUGUAGAUCAGAAUGGACAGCAAGUUCAGGCGCAUGUUCAAAUAAUGUCACCACGCACAGCACGAUCAGAGGAAGAGAAUAACCCAGCAAGCUGCGAUUGGAGCGCUAGCGGUGCCCUUGCCGACAACGCUUUAAAUUUCAACGCAACAGCAACGUCACUUGCCGACAAUAACAAAGCUGAACAACAACGCAAGGCGUAUGGUCAAGAGUGGGCGGAAAGAGCCAUUGGGGAACAUGCCUCUGUGGCCAGCUUUGCAGCCUUUACCAUUGCGCUCAUGUCCAACAAUGCACCACCGGAUCUCGUCCAGGACUCUCUUGUAGCUGCGCAAGAUGAAGUUCGACAUGCCAAGGUGUCCUUCCAAGCCGCUUCCUUGUUUUUGGGUGGUGGUGCCAGUGGAGCAGCAGCAACAACAACAACAAGAGUGGAACCAAGUGCUCUGCCGCCAUCAGCUCUUCAAUUUGAUCGCGACAUGACUGCUCUGGCACUGGCGACGGCCUUUGAAGGAUGUAUUCAUGAAACUCUUUCGGCAAUCAUCAUGGCAAUUGAGGUGGAUGAGCAGGAGCAAAGGUUACUACUGAUGAUGGACCAGACCAACGACUUUCUCAAGCCACAGGAACGAGAGUGGCUCCAGAACCAAAUGACAAUCAUUGCCAAGGAAGAAGCUAGUCAUUCCGCUCUAGCUUGGCGAACCAUACAUUGGAUCUGUGUCAAUGACAAAGACGCCUGCAUGGCAUUGCAAAGAGGUCUUCUAGAGCCCACACGGCUCCGCAAAGCAGCAAGGCAACGGCUUGCUCAAGAUCACAAGGGAGGCAUUGUGGCUGUCGCUGCUGACAAGAUUGAGAGAGCAUGGAACGAUAUUCAUACAGUGCUAGUCCCUCUCGUGACCCUGAGAGACAAUGCAGCUGAUGGCUGCGAUGCAUAUUAUGGUACCAAACCGGACACUAUGCAAACAUCGUUGGCUUCGUCCGUGUCGCAGUUGCUGUUGCAGAAUGUCUGUUCCCACAUCAAUGGAGCUUUUAUGCAUACUAGCUUGAUCCAAUAA